UAUUGGCACGGAGCACAGUAGACAGGACAGCAUUGGCUGUUGUAUUCUUUCUAGUUUUUUUUUUCAUGACGUUCCGAAACUGCACAGAGAUUUGGAAUAUUACAUUACAGCCUUGCAGAGCGAAAGAUGGCGACUGUCAUUCAUAAUCCAUUAAAAUCGCUGGGUGACCAGUUCUAUAAAGAGGCCAUUGAACACUGUCGCAGCUACAACGCCCGCCUCUGUGCUGAGCGCAGCGUGCGAAUGCCCUUCUUGGACUCGCAAACUGGCGUGGCACAGAACAACUGCUACAUCUGGAUGGAAAAGCGCCACCGCCGACCAGGCCAGGCGGCGGGGCAGAUGUAUACGUACCCCGCUCGUUGCUGGAGGAAAAAGAGGCGACUCCACCCACCCCUGGAUCCCCAGCUCCGCCUGUGUGAGCUCCGGCUAGAAGCUGAUCUGGCGCCCAAACGCGAGGGGCCUCCGGGGGAGGCCACCGCCUUGGAGGCACUGUUGAGGGGGGACAACGCUUUGGAGAAAAAAAACAACGUCAGUAAAGAUGAGGAGACGCUUCUGGAAAUACAGAGAGUUCUGGAGGCAGAGGAAAACGGGGACAGUUUUCACGAAGAUGAAGAGUUUGAAGCGGAUACGCCAAAGAAAAAGAACAGGAAUAGAGGCAAAAGCAGAGGAUCAACUCGCAGAAGGACAGAGUCUGUUAAUGCAGAAGACCUGGAUAAACCUUACAUCUGUGACAAUAGGUACAAACAAAAGCAUAACUCAAAAAAGGCUGAAGAAGUCUGUGGGAAGCGCUACAAGAACCGUCCGGGCCUGAGCUACCACUACACCCACACUCACCUGGCCGAGGAGGAAGGAGAAGAGGAGAAGGACACAGAGACGGCUCCACCGUCGCCUCACAGCUCGGAUAACCACAAACCUCAGAAGGGCUCUGAUGGAAGCAUCAUUCCCAACGACUACUGUGACUUCUGCUUGGGAGACCAGGACGCCAACAGGAAAACGGGGCAGGCAGAGGAGCUGGUGUCCUGCUCCGACUGCGGUCGCUCUGGUCACCCCACAUGUCUGCAGUUCACAGAAAACAUGAUGCAGGCGGUCAGGACGUAUCAGUGGCAGUGCAUCGAGUGCAAGUCCUGCAGUCUGUGCGGAACCUCCGAGAACGAUGACCAGUUGCUGUUCUGCGAUGACUGCGAUCGGGGAUAUCACAUGUACUGCCUGAAGCCUCCGAUGACCCAACCUCCUGAAGGGAGCUGGAGCUGUCACCUGUGUCUGGACCUGUUAAAAGACAAGGCCUCGGCUCACAUAGAAGCAUAAUAGAAACCAUCGGAUUAUUCACAUACACACAGCACCAUGGAAAAGCAAUGCUACCCCUUCAGACACCCCUUUAGAAAACCUUGAAAAGUGUGGCAUGCCCCAAAUCCAAACUUUAGUUUGACUCUUUUCACUUCUUGGUUAGCCAAGUCCACACUCAAGUCUUUUGAUGACACCAUUCAUCUGUGGCAUCUUCUGGUGGCUUUUCUAUCAACAAAUUUAACAUUCUCGCCUCUAGGUGGGCAGCCCUCAGCACCGCCAUUGCCGACUGGUUAUGUUUUUGUGAUCUUUUUCUAUCUCGACCUUAGUGAUAUUUGAAAGGUAGCUGACUUUGGAAGGAGAAUCUGCUGCACUGGAUUUUAUUUAGCAAUAUCAAAGUAAAGGGGGUUUCAUAAUACAAAUGCAUUCCACACAAUACAACCUUUUAUUUUGAAAAAACAAACAAACAACACAUUUGCUUUUCCUCCCACUGCAUUUAUGCACUACUAUGUGUUGGCCAAUCAAAAAAAAAAAAGACUUUAAGUGAGGCCAUUACUUUGGCCUGAUGUGGAAACCUUUAUGCCAUUUUUUCAAACUUUCUAGACAGAAUUUAAAACCCACACAGAGAUCGCAAACAGCUCUUGAAAACCCCCCUCAUGCACACAUUCCAGUACAUUAGCAGCUUCCUGUUUAAGAAGACAAAACCUCUUACCUCUCAUGUAGCCAAGCAACACUCAACAGAUGCACAUGUCAUCAGCGUGCAACCUCGACCGCAGGUCAGCGAACAGCAGGUCUACCGUUCAAGCACAUCUCUACCUCACCACCCAGUGGAGCCAAGUCAGAACCGAUAACCCGCUGUUGUGUUUCGGUUUACUUAGGACAUACGUGAUAAGUGUUUAGAAGGUGUCUGCUACGGCGGAUCACUUCUUUUCCUCUGCUGCUCUGUGGUGUCCAGCCAGGAGAAAGCUGAGUUAGUUUGACUGAUUUCUGUUUAAAGUGCUCCCUCCAGCUCCGCUCCGAUGUUUAGACUCUGCAGUGACAUUCCUGGCUUAUAUCUGGGAAGACUCUGCACUAGUCUUCCCAGUUUUUCACCGGGUCGUGUCAAACCUUGGAAAUUUACGUCCAGAGCCAAAAGGAAAUGAAGGGAUUGAAAACGCUUCGACUAUCGUUUGUUUUGUUUCUUUGUAAUCAACGUCUGUCUUCUGUAUCCUUAGAGUUAGUGUUAUUUCUGGUGCUCAGCAAACAGAUGAUUUCACCUUUCUUUAUAAUUGUUUAUAUAUUGCUGAUAAUCGCUAAGUCAUGCUGUCAAUGACCUCAUUUACUCUAAGUCACAAAUUCCCAAACUUUUACUGUUCCCAUCUCAACAAAAUACUAUUUAUAACACAACUGCGUCAUCUUUUACAGAUAAAUUAUACCAUUUUGUUCAAUUUACAAGAAAAUAUUGCUUAGAUUAUGUCCACAGCAUAAAUGAAUAAAGACAAACUGUAAAUAUGACUCAUCAGCUGUGUCAUCACUAAGUUAAAGCUUUACUCUGUCAAAUCGUUUAAUUUUACACGUAAUGCUGGAUUCUGUUAAGCCCAAAGAUGACGCCUCCUUAAUUAACGCUAAUUCCCAAUUUUUAUGGUGGGAACCAUAGCGAUACAGCGAACUAAACUCCAGUUCUGAAAAAAUGUGUUCUUCAUUAUAAACUCUCAUAGCAACUGAGAUUUAAGCAAGACUUCUUGGUUAAAAGGAGCAAAAGCUGCUGGAAUAUGCAGCUUAAAAAAACCAAAACCCUCAGGCAAUGAUGAAUAGAAAUUAUCCAUCUCUACACAUUUUUUUUUUUUUUUUAGCAGAAGUAGAAACUCAUGCUGAAAGUUUGGAAAAGAAAAAUCUUGACUUUGAAUAUAUUCAGUCAGAAAAAAGACAUUAAGAAAUCAUUCUUGUUGACACAAUCAUUGGUGCCACAAUAAUUGGUAUGUCUGUUAUUAGUUUUAUUUUUAUUAUUUUUCGCUUAGAAAACCAAAGGCAGCUACAGACAAUGGUUGCUUUAAGCAUUUCUGGGUUUAUUUGUCUACUAUUUAUAUCAUAAUAUCAGUGAAUAUUGAGUUGAGUUUCAGUUCAGACAGAGUCUACCAGAUUUUUUAAAAUAAUAAUCAGGGAAUCAGAGAGUCAGGCCCACAACAUCACAGAUCUUCCACUUUAAUAUGUUUUUUUUUAAGUGGAAGUAAA